GAAGGGCUAGGCCGUGGUGGUUUUCAGCAAAGAGACAAUGGACCUCCAGCAGAUGUACUUGAAAUGGGAACUUUCCUCCAUGCCUGCGAAGGAGAAAUCAUCUGCGAAUCCAUCAACACCAAAAUCCCGUACUUCAAUGCGCCCAUCUAUCUGCAAAACAAGACACCAAUUGGCAAAGUUGACGAGAUCCUGGGCCCUAUCAACCAAGUCUACUUCAGUGUCAAACCGAGUGAGGGCAUCCAAGCAACGUCUUUCAAAGCUGGCGACAAGUUCUACAUUGGCGGCGACAAACUUCUUCCCCUAGAAAAGUUCCUUCCUAAGCCUAAGCCUCCCCCAGGAGCCCCGAAGCCAAAGCGAGCUGGUGGUGCGAGAGGCGGUAGAGGCGGGCCCAUGCGCGGAGGCAGAGGAGGUGGAAGAGGCGCACCGAGAGGAAGAGGCGGCGCCGGAAGAGGUGGCGGCCGAGGAGGUGGGGGUUUCUCCAGGGGUGGAAGUGGCUUCACUCCCAGAGGCAGAGGAGGUGCCAGAGGAGGGUUUACUCGGGGGCGCUGA